AUGGUCGACGGCAAGCCCAUCAGCUUGGGACUGUGGGAUACGGCUGGCCAGGAAGACUACGAUCGAUUGCGCCCCUUGUCAUAUCCCCAAACCGACGUGUUCCUCCUUUGUUUUUCUUUGAUAAAUCCUGCGUCAUUUGAUAACAUUCGGUCCAAGUGGUACCCCGAGAUUGAUCACCAUGCCCCUAAUAUUCCCAUCAUCCUUGUUGGUACCAAACUCGAUUUGAAAGAAGAGUACGACAGAAGAGAUGAUGCCGAAAAGAAUGGGGACAAACAUGCAUUCGACAAUGCCUCAAAAGAAGUAAGAGAACUCAAGGAGAAGAAGAGACAGCGACCCAUAGAGUUUCGGGAAGGCUUGGCUUGUGCGCGGGAAAUCGGGGCGUACAAAUACCUUGUGUGCUCUGCUCUGACCCAAAGCAACCUGAAAGGCGUAUUCGACGAAGCUAUUCGGUAA